AUGUCCCUGCUGCCACUACCGCCUCCGGAGCCAUUCCCGAUCUACAGCAGUCUCUACGACGCUGCCGCCCGUUUUCCUGCUUGGGAACGGAGUUUCCGACUCUAUGUCACAGCAGCCGGCAUCUCAGACGACACUCGCCAGAGACACACUUUCCAGUAUGUGGCUGGCAAGGACAUCCAGCAGCUCGUCCCUACAUUAGCCGACACUGGCGACGAUCUGGACGAUCUUAUAUCCGCCGUCGCCGAAUAUUUCCAGUCGAAGCAGAGCCCUAGCAUGGCCCGCUUCCACUUCCGUCAGGUCACGCAGCAGCCUGGCGAAACGUUCGACACUUUCUAUACUCGUUUGCUGGCAUCGGCAACGACCUGCAGUUUCGCCGACGACGACCAGAAGAACGUGGCUCUCUGUGAUCAAAUUGUGGCAGGAUGCACGUCAGAUCCACUCCGCAGAAAACUGCUGGAGACUGCGGCCCUUGAUCUCGACAAGGCACUCAAGGCCGCCAGAGCAUUUGAAGCGUCUGUGGAACAGACGACGGCGUUCCGGCGCACAAAAGACUCGGUCAAUGCCCUCCGUCAUCAGCCGCCGUUCUACAACAGGGCACAGCCGCCUCCUGCUACUGUUUCAGCUCCGUCGCGUCGACCGAUGCAGUCUUCGCCACAUCCAGCUGCAAACUUGUACCACCAGCCACCUGCCCCAGUCGCCACUCGCGCUCCAGGCCAACGGGAUCGGGAAUCCAGCACAUCGCGCUGCUACCGCUGUGGAGAGCCAGGCCACCGGUCCUGUGAUGCUGCACGGGGCCUGCGCUGCCCCAAGUGUGGCAAGUGGGGCCACUUGGCCAAAGCUUGUUUGUCCACACCAAGUACUAGUAGUAGUAGUGGUCCAGCUUCAGUACACAUGAUGUCAGACCCACUGUACUCUCUGUCUCAUGCUCACAGCAUGGACACCAGCCACACUUCAGCUGAUGCUCAUCCAUACACUGCACCUACUAGUACUAGCCCAGCAGUGGCUCCACAGGACCCAGUUUACCUCUCACAGGCAGCUCAUUUCCUCCCUGACUAUGAGUAUGAGGCAUUCACAACUUACCGUGAUGAUGCUGCGGCCACCAGUGCACACGUCACAGCCACUAUCAAUGGCACAGAGUUGCCAGUCCUAAUCGACUCUGGUGCGUCCACAAACAUCAUGACACGGGCCGACCUCAUUCGCAUUGCACCUGCCGUGCAGAUAACACCAGCCGCCGCCAAAAUCUACGCCUUUGGCGCGUCCGCUCCCCUGCCUCUUGCAGGUCAGGUUCACCUGCCCGUGGCGCAUGGCCAGCAUAGCCUCAGCUGUACAUUUGCCAUAGUUGACCUACCACGGUCCGUUACGCUGCUCGGCCGUGACUCCGCCUCUCGCCUCGGCCUGCUGCGCAUCGGCCCUGCCACUGACCACGCCUCUGCUACCACAGACGCCGCACCAGAUGCGCCCACAGCUGCAACUGCGGCCAUUCUGAGCCGCUUCGACUCGCGCUUCCACGGGCUCGGCUGCGUCCAGGACGUCCAGGCCCACAUCUACGUCCAGCCCGACACCGCACCAGUGGCCCAUCCUCCAUCCCGUGUACCUGUCCAUCUGCGGGAAGCCACCAUCGAAGAACUACGUCGGCAACAGGACCUCGACAUUAUCGAGCCUGCUACCGGUCCGACUCCCUGGGUGGCACGAAUGGUCGUCGUCCCUAAGUCGCAACCGGGCCAGGUCCGGAUCACCCAUGACUACCGUGACGUCAAUGCCGCUGCCUGGCGUGAGCGCCAUCCUAUUCCCACUAUUGAGGAGAUCACUGACACCAUGGCUGACGCACAGUGGUUCUCAGAACUCGACCUGAACAUGGCAUUCCACCAGAUCUGUCUACACCCUGAGUCACGUCGCUACACAGUUUUCUCCACUCCUCUGGGUCUCAUGCGCUGUAAACGUCUGCCCAUGGGCGUAUCGUCCGCAUCCGAGAUCCUACAGCGCGCACUGGACGCCAUUCUCGCUGGCCUCGACGGUGUGAAGAACGUCCACGACAAUAUCUUCAUCUUUGGUAAGAGCGUCGAAGAGCACAACCUACGACUCGUCGCCUGCCUCCAGCGGCUCCAAGAUCACAACGUUACACUCAACCGAGCCAAAUGUCACAUCCUCAAGUCUCGGCUCGAGUUCAUGGCUAGCGUCUACUCCGACAAGGGCAUCCGCGCCUCUCCCAGCCACCAGCAGUCUGUGGCUGCAUUCUCUACGCCAUCUUGCGUCAGCGACAUACAGAGUUUCCUGGGUCUCACCAACUUCCUCCGCCGUUACAUUCCUAACAUGGCCGAUCUCACCACGCCACUCCGCGCUCUCACUAAGAAAGGUACUGUUUGGCGUUGGACUGAUGUUGAGCAGCAAUCAUUUGAUGCACUGAAGGAGGCCAUCGCCGAAGACCGCAUGCUGCAAUACUUCGACCGCAAGCGGUACACAUCACUGUAUGUUGACGCAUCGCCCACCGGCCUCGGCGCAAUCCUGUGUCAACGCCAAGACAACGGCCACGAUGCACCCGUAGCGUUCGCCAGCCGUGCACUCUCCGAUGUCGAGCAGCGGUAUUCCCAAACUGAACGGGAAGCAUUGGGCGUCAAGUUUGGUGCCUUCGUUUUCACCACUACUUAG